GAUAUGUAUGCGGUCGAGGCAGCGCCAGAUCGCGUGAUCGUAAGGCGUUUUGGUAAAUUGGGUCCUCUUCUUUCAAGACUCUUUGCAAGCGGUGUCGAGGCCCGUGGAGUAGAACGUGUACCAGAAAAUCAGCGAGAGUUAAAAAACGCCUGGAAUAACAUCCUAAUGUGGUGGUCUGUUAACACAGUCUUUGAUAUCAUUCCUAUCGGCGUGCUCGCACAGUCAACUUUCACUUUGAGUUUCGGCAAUGCUGUAGCGACUAUCCUCUGCUUCGGCGCUCUCGGGGCCGUCGCGACGGCAUUUAUUGCUACCCUCGGCCCCAUAACGGGCCUCCGCACCAUGAUCAUCACCCGUUUCAGCUCGGGAUAUCUUGGUUGUACCAUAUACUCAGUCCUCAACAUUCUCACCCAGCUCGGUUUUGCCACAACAACAGUUAUCCUCGGAGGUCAAACACUCUCCAACAUCAACCCUGGAACCCUCCCACCCAUCGUUGGCAUUAUCAUCAUCGGCGUGUGCUCCCUUAUCCCGUGCUUUAUCGGAUACAACAUGGUGCACGUCUACGAGCGCUAUGCUUGGAUAGUCACCCUGACCAGCUUGCUCUUUCUCUGGGGUCUUGGCGGGAAAGCCGGAUAUCACGUCAACGCGCAAAAACCGCUCGAAGACAUAGGGCACGCCCUCUCAGCAGACAUUCUUAGCUUUGGUGGGAUCGUAUUUGGCUCGUUCACAGGGUGGGCGCCAAUCGCAGCGGACUUUAACUGUCGGCUGCCUGUUAAUACACCACCCAUGCGCGUGUUCCUGCUCACGUUCUUCAGCCUGUUCAUCCCUAUCUGCUUCGUCGAGAUUCUCGGUGUUGCACUCAUGACCAUCACAGACCCUGCGUACGUUGCAGCAUUCGGAGGCGGCUCGACUGGCGGCCUCGUCGCGCAGGUCCUUUCGCCGUGGGGCCACUUUGGUCAGUUCAUCCUCGUCCUGCUCGCGCUUUCUGUCAUCGCCAACAACAUCCCAAAUACUUACUCCGCAGGCUUAUCCAUGCAGGCACUUGGACGCCCAUUCGCCGUCAUUCCGCGCUUCUUUUGGGUAUUUCUAGCCUUCGUGGCGUACACUAUAGCUGGUGUUUCAGGCCGCGAUCAUUUUAGCACCAUCCUUUCCAAUGUUUUAAGGAUCCUUAGCGACUGGACGGCAUUCUUUAUCGUAAUCGUAGCCGAGGAGCACUUCAUCUUCCGGCGGAAAAAUGGGCCGCUUGGUGGGUACAACUUGAAUGAUUAUGAUACGCCAUCGAAACUCCCGGUAGGCGUAGCAGGUAUACUUGCAGGGUGUUUUGGCGCCGUAGGCGCUGUGAUUGGGAUGUCACAGGCGUUGUAUACAGGCCCACUUGGAGAGAUGGUAGGAGCAGAGAUCGGGUUCGAGCUCGCAGCAGCAUUUUCGGCUGUCACUUACCUUCCGUUGCGUGCGCUUGAAAUUAGGCUCACUGGUCGAUGAUGGAAGGUCGACUAUCUGUUGAUGCUGGUGGUAGUGAAGUGGUACGAUGGUUAUAUUUAUCAUAGCGUGUGUCUUAAGUAUUACAUGUAAUCCGGACGACUGGAUCACCCGUUAGAG